AACACAACUCCUUGUCUAUGGGAUCAGGAUCAUGCCAGAGACAGCCAAUCGGAAUACUGCUUACUGGCGAGCCUAGUCGCCAAUGACUGGUGACGACGACGCCUUUUUGGAGAAGACGAAGAAGAAGGAAGAUUCUGCUGCUAGCCAAUGCUGCUAGCAGAGACCAGGCAAAGAGGAUGGCUGAAGCCCAAGUAAUUGUGGGAAAUGAUGUUCUGAACCGGCUCCGGCUCAGGUUGGAGCAAGCCUUGCAUCGCCAGCCCAUAGACAUCGACUACAUCGAGUUUAUCUGCAGGAGUGACAUGUUGCUGAUUGCAUCCUUAUCAAAUCACUUGCAAUUUCCUGAACAGGUACUUGAAGGUCUACAUGGGCUUCUCAUGCUGCUUCAAGAAGAAAUUGACAACAGAGGGACAACUGUUGCGGUGGAGAGAGAUACAAGCCGAAGGGGACAUCCAAUUGUCAUUGCCCGUGGGCACAUAGAGGAUCUCCUGGAAAUGGACCUGUCUGUUACAUGCAUUUCCAAAUUGACGUGCAUUUCAGUGAGGACACUGUUCCGCAGGAUGCAGGAAUGGGGUCUGUCCAUAAGGGACAGAUACAGCAACAUAUCUGAUGAUGAACUUGACCGUUUAAUCAUUCAGAUCAAACAGACCUCACCAAAUUUGGGUCACAGGAUGGUAAAGGGGUAUCUGAAGGCAUUAGGCUACAGGCUGCAGUGGAGCAGGGUUUGGGAUGCGAUGCACAGAGUUGACAGUGUAGGAAUCCUUUCUAGGAUGUCAAGACUUGGGUGUGUUGUGAGAAGGAGCUACAGUGUCCCAUCUCCACUUGCUCUCCUGCACAUCGAUACAAACCACAAAUUGAUCAGAUACGGCAUUGUAAUCUUUGGGGGUGUCGAUGGCUACUCAAGAAAAGUCCUUUAUCUACGAGUCGCCAACAACAACAAGGCAACAACUGCGCUCGAUUUUUUUCUUGAAGCAGUUGACCGAUAUGGUUCUCCAUCUAGGGUCAGGGGAGACAUGGGUGUGGAGAACGUGCUCAUUGCUAGGCACAUGUUUGCGCUUCGUGGCUGUGACCGGGGGAGCUUCAUCUCUGGCAAAAGUGUACACAACCAAAGGAUUGAAAGACUGUGGCGUGAUGUCUGGAAUGCUGUCAGCACUAUCUAUUAUGACGUUCUCCAUAGCUUGGAGGAGGAUGGCUUUCUCGAUCCAGCUGACUUGAUCCAUGUUUUCUGUGCCCAGUACGUCUUUCUUCCUCGAAUCCAGAAUGAUCUGGACACUUUCCAAAAUAGUUGGAACAGUCAUUCGCUUCGGACUGAAGGUAAUCGUACUCCUGAUCAGCUAUGGGAAAUGGGAAUGAGCCAGGCCCCUGUUCACCAGCCAGACAAUCCUGAGGACUUCGGUUUCCCUGACACAGAUAUUACAUGUGAGGAUGGACUGCAGCUGCCUGAGUACCGGUCUCCACUGAGCAGGGAACAGCUUCAAGAUCUGACUGAGCGGUUUCAUCCAAAUACUUUCUCAGAAACAUUUGGUGCAGACAUCUAUUGCAAUGUUCUUCAGUAUGUUGUGACCCUGCUGGAAGACGCCUAAAGUGUAGGAAAAAAAUCUGGAAGAUGUUCUCCUUGGCAAUUAAUUUCCACUUUCUCUUGUCAAACAGAUCAUUUGCAACUUCUUUUUUCCUUGUGAUUCUUCAUUACUUGUUUUCCUGUUAAACCUACCACAAACAAUGACAUUUACACAAUGUUCUUAGUAACCCUUUUAUGCCCUGUUCAGAAAAAGUUAUGUUAGUAUUGUUAACUACAGAAAUUGUAGUUUAGACUUAAAAACAUUUCUUUGCAGUUUACUAUUUUUUUCAUGAAAGGGUUUUCUAAACCUUAAUCAUGAUGCAAUGAAACACCAUAAACAACUAAACCCUUAGGUCCCAUUUUUGAUUUAUGUACCACAAAGCAUUUCAGAAAAAUACAAUAUAUUUCAAAAGUAUAAAAGAAAAUACUGUGGCAAUAUUAAGCAUAACCAGUCUGUCCUAUGAUUAUUAGCUCAGAAGACUUAUUUUGUGGAAUUUUCACUUGAUCUAAAAAGUCUCGCUUAAAAAUUUAUUUAAUUUUUGUUGCUUUGUUACAUGGGUGUUUGGCUCUACCACCAAAGAGAUGUGCAAGCCCUCGCAUUAAGGAAUGCUUGCUGGUGGCAAACUGCAAAUUUACAAAUGCCCUGUAAAUAAAAUGACUGUGAGAAGAGCCAAUGUGAUUGAUACAUGUCUGUCUCUGCACACUUAAUACUUGCAGUUCUUAGUUAUUAGUGCAUUCAUGCAAAUUAUAAGCAAAAGUGGAGUAACUAAGACUGCAGUUAUACAUGGUCUGUCCUUUGCCAUCUCCCCGAGACUCCUACAGUUUAGAGAGCUGGUUCCCGAAGGAGACGUUUUACAACAAGUAGUGUCUUGACAUUAAGCCCAUAGCUUAAGUGUUAUAUUUGUUAUAUCAAUAAAGAACCUACACUGAUA